UCGCUCUACCGAUCUCGGUCCGAGUCUUUGUAGUCUCUGUUCGUCGAGCUGAAAGUUGAGGAAGACGAAGAUUGGAGAGAAGCGGGCGGGUUAAAUCGGUAAAGUUGGGGCCGAAGAGGGUGCUCGGCGUUUCCUCCUCGAUCAAAACCCUAGGGUUUUGUUGAGAGCCUGGGUUCUGCUGCCAUGUCUGCGGGCGUCUGCGGUAAGCGCCUAGGGUUCGAGGAAAUCUUCGGAUCUCCGUCAUCGGCCCCUUCUGCGAAGAGAUCUCGCUGCUCAAGCUACGGUUCGCCCAUCCGUCUAUCAGAAUUCGGGUUCGCGGCCGAGGAUAAGGUCUCCGUUCUUCUUCGCAUGUUUCCGUCUAUGGAUAGGGAGGUUGUCGAAACUGUUUUAAAUUCCCACGAUCAUAAAAUUGAUGAUGCCAUCAAGAGUCUUCAUGCACUUUGCCUUCGUGAAAAUUCAAUGAGGGGUGAACCUCUGAAUGGUGUCUCAGAACUUGAAUCCAACGAACAUGGCAUUGAAGGUAUUAUGGAUGCUCAAACACCUGAACUGAAUGCUGAGGUCAUUCAUGACGCUGAAUCAGAUUCCACGUCAAAGGAAAUUCAUGGAUCCUCAUGGGUGGACAUAUUGGUACAAGAAAUGAUGAAUGCUUCAGAUUGGAGCGACAUCAGAAGCCGAGCCAUGAAGAUUUUGGAGUCUUUUGAACAAACGGUUGUUGCUCAAUCUACUGCAGCAAAGGAGCAAGAGAUUGCUUCUCUUAAGGAGCAGCUGCAGUGUUUGUUGCGAGACAACCAAAUUCUGAAGAGGGCUGUCACGAUACAACAUGAUCGUAAUGUGGAAUUUGAGGAGAAGCUCAAGGAAGUGCAGCAGCUAAAGAAUGUAAUCAGCCAGUACCAAGAGCAAGUCCGCACGUUGGAGUUGAACAACUAUACCCUGAAGAUUCAUCUCCAGAGGGCUCAGGAAGCCAAUUCCAUUCCCGGCCGUUUUCAUCCAGAUAUAUUCUGAUUGCUUGACAACUUUGAAGCUAUCCACCACCGGAGUAUCAGAAUUCGUCAUAGAUAGUCGUCCAUUCAAGUUGGUUCUUCGCUGCUGUAAGUGGUGCAAUUUGUACUGAUUGCUUUCUUUUAAAGCUACAACCGUAAGUGUCUUUAAUUUAUUCUCUCCAAUGUUUGCUUCGGUAUGUGCCAGCAAGCUACAUGUUGUAAUAUACUACAAAUCAAUAUUUAGUUUUUCUGCUA